GUUUUCGCCAUGAAUCUGUUCAGAAAGCAGGAGAAGCCUUUCUUAACCGACGUCGCGCAGCACGUCGGUGCGUACCGUGGGCAAAGCGACGGUCUCAAGUGGUGGGAGGUCAAAGACAAUCAAGCCGGCCCAUUCACUGGCAUACUCGAGCAAGUUCAGCAAGAGCUGUCUAGCUGCGCGUCAAUUGAUCGGUGUCGCAUAAUUCUCGUCGACCUGUUCCUCCGUGGUAGGACCAUGGAAACGAGCGUCGCGUGUGUCAUGAUCGGCGGAACGACACAGAAGCAACGCAAGAAGGCGGUCAAGCUGCUCCGACGAAGCUCUCUACUCGAGAGAUAUCCCGGGUUGAAUAUAGAGGAAUGGGAGUCCCCUCCCCAUGUCCCAAAUAUCAUCAUAGCGGGUGAUAAAGACAAGCCAGCGGAUGAUUCACCUAUCUACCAAAACUCGGAUUUCUCUCUUUCACAUAUUUUCCUCCCCUUGCCGCCGGAGGAGCCGGAUGAGGGCGAAUUUCCGGAUGAUUCGAGCUCUGAUUCAGAUUCUGAGUUGGAGUUGAUGCGGUCUGGAAGCGUUACCCCUGCUUACCUCCGCUCUGAAUCUGAGGACGCAACAAGUGACGUUGUGCUCCCGGUUGUCCCCCCCCCUACGAAUCCCAUCAGUCUGCGUGAGCCUGUCCUUGAUAGGCAGAACGUCGAGAUAUUCUCUAUCGAUCUUGAUUACGCUCUGCUAUCUGUUCCACAAGGUCUAAAUCUGACCGAGCAGCUAUCUGAAAUCUCCAGGGAGACAGUCGUGAAAGUCAAGAACGCUGAGGUUAGCUUUACAACGCCUAAUAAUGGCGCGAUAACUGAGCAUGGCUCCCUCCUCGACUUCUUCGAGAAAAAAUCGCCACCAUACAAGCCGGAUGAAAUACUCUCUUUUUGGACCAGCUUUGCCGGCCUUGCUGAAGGAUUAGCACUCAUUCAUGAGCAGCGUGGAUCCACUGGGCUCCAUUCGGACCUCAAGCCCGCCAACAUUAUCAUAUCAUCUGUAGAUGACCCUUCUUUCAAUCUCAAGAUCAGGGACUUUGGUUUCAGCCACAUUGCUCCUAAAAACAAAGGCCCAGAUGGCUCCAAAGCAGCUCGAAACAUUGAUCAGUGGACAUCUCAGACCUACGCCCCCCCCGAAUACGUCCUAACCGACGAGAUAAAGCGCUAUGCCGGGUCAGAGUUUGACCUGUGGUCACUCGGAUGCAUCUUUCUCGAAUGUGCUGUUUGGGUUAGCCUUGGGGAAAGAGGCCGCCUAGACUUCAUCAAAGAUCGAAUUAGAGAAACUGACAACCGUAGUGACAACAUGAAAUCGGAUCGCGGAGAUUGUUUCCAUGACGGGACAGGCGUUUUGCGCUGUGUUCGAGAAUUCGGCCAGCAUAUUCGAGACCACGGCCGACGUGACGACGAGACGACAUCCCAAAUAUUCGAUUUGGCCCUCAGGGAGCUGCUAGUGGAGAAAUACAAGCGAAGGUCUGCGCGGUAUAUGUAUUCGGCGAUGAAAGCAAUCAUCGAUACGGAAGCCCAUCGAAGAACGAACUCGUUUUCCAACGCAAAGAACGGGGUGUUGACUAGGCGGCAUGGUUCGAUAACUGAACCGCCGAUGGUAGCCUCUCCCAUAUCAGAGGAAGAACAUAUCUCGCCUGAUACAUCCCGAACAGACCCGGAAGCUCGAUCGCCAGGUUCAGAGUCAAACCUUGAAAUGUCAACUGCGGAGCACGGAUCAUCUCAGAAAGAAAGCCCCACGAUUGACGAUAUAAGUAAAUGGAUACGAAAAAAGAAGAUCAACGGGAACACGUCAGAGUUGCCGGGAUGGGAAAGUGUUCAAGCUCAGCUGAAGGGUCGCGACUUCAUCUUCGUUAUCGACAAUUGUGAGACGAUGCAAGUCUACGAGGACCAGGUCAAGGCUUUUGUCCACUGUCUUGCUUAUCUCGUCAAGAGACUCGACCCAGAUGGGGCAGAAAUCAUGUGUACAUCAGACCCGAUGACUCGAGCGAAAUACAAAAACUCCACCGGUCACUCCAAUUUUGUCGCAGAGAAUUUCAGUCGAGGGAAGGGGGGGCAUUGCAACAUGGAGUUUGCCCUUGAGAAAGCACUCGACCCAAUCGGUGACCAGUUGCAGAAUUCUGUGUCAAAAGGCAAUAAUAGGCGAACAUCAUUGCGUAGCUUCCCUGGGAGACUCAUCGGCCGUCAGAGACCGGUCACAGUUAUUGUGUUCACUGAUGGAGUCUGGGGCUCCUCUAUCGGAGGCGGCGCUGAGAACCCAAUCGAAUCACUCAUUCGUAAAAUGAGAGAUCAUGGGGUCAGCCGGUCAACUGUUGCCAUACAGUUCCUAAAUUUUGGCUCGGAUCCAGUUGGCAGACGAAGGCUGGAAUACCUAGACGAUGACUUGCCCAAUAAAGACAGGAAUUCAGGAAUCGACAUCGUCGACACUAAAGCUGUUACUGAGAGUAUUUGGGAUAUACUGAUUGGCGCCGUAGAUGAGCAUGUGGAUGGGACAAUACGGUCGCGCACCUUUUAG